CUACAAAUUGACGGAGAAUGAGUGACAAAUACAAUUCCUUAUCUAAUUCAAAAACAUCUUAUAACAACCUUUGACGAUAAGUGCAGCCAUCUUCGUCAGUUAAUCUCAAUUUGAUGAUAAUCUGAAAAAAAAUUUCCACACUAUAUUUUCUCUGCAUUUGAUGACAACGUUGGAAAGUUCAACAUCACAGGUUGUUAAAUUCUCCGUCAUUCGAUUACAAUGUGGAAAAGAUUAGUGUCACGAUGUGUUUCAUUGUCUGCCAGGUAAUAGAUAACAAUCAUCUGGAAAAGGCCGUACAAUAAUGCCUAUAUUUCUUACCUUUUGAUGAAUACCUUGGACGUACUAUAUAAUUCUCGGCCAAUUAAUAACAGGCAAGGAAUUUAAGUGCUAUAUUUUCCAUGAAUUGCCAUUUGACGACAAUUGGAGAACGUUGUUAUAGCCACUAGCUUGUUCUCGGCUGACCACUACACUUUGGUCAUUGAGGGUAGCGUUAAAUACAAUUAAUUUUCAGUGUAUCCAGUUUAUUCAAGACAACUGUAAUGAUCCUUCGCCAUUUGAUGACAGAGACUGAAACAAAUUGUAACAACUCGGAUCCAAACUCUUCACCAUGUGGGGAAGACGUGCAUUCUGUAGGACUCUCACUGAAAGCACUUUCUCUUGGAAUAAUAUUUAUUGUCUCUAUGGUGAUGAAUGGAACAGUAUGUUUGGUAUUCUAUAAGAAGACUCAGCUACUGAGUGUAUCCAACACAUUCGUUCUCAACCUGAUAUGUUGUCAACUCGCUAUAUGUGUCAUUGUCUUGCCGUUUAGUCUUGCGUCCAUAUUCUCAUCCAAGUGGAUCUUUAAUGACAUUUGGUGCCACAUUGAAGGUUUUAUCCUAACCUUCUGUAUUGCAGAAACACAGUUUUCUCUCACUAUUAUAGCAGUUGACAGGAACUAUGCCAUCAUAAACUCUCUCAGAUACCCGAAUGUGUUCACUAUAAAGAGAGGACACAUUGCUAUUGCUGUUUCCUGGGCAACGAGUGUAGCUAUCAGUAUUCCUCCGCUUGCUGGCCUCAGUGCAUACAGCUAUUCUCCUGAUGAAAAUACUUGUACACUGGAUUGGAAUUGUUCACUUGAAUUCUCAGUAAUGUUUUUGAGCAUUUGUUUUAUAUUUCCGUUGCUAAUUCAAUCAUGGUGUUACCUAACUAUAUUCCAUGCGGCGAUGAACCAUACAAAAAGGAACACUCGAGUGUUUCCGUCCCGAUCUUCUACAGUUGGGACAAGAGACACGCUUAGUGACUCUUCAGAAAGUGUCGAAUUAUCAACACAUGUAAUACAAGUUAGUUAUAAAAGCAUGGAAUGUAAAGCUAUGCGUACGAUUCUAUUUAUAGCAUGUUCAUACGCAAUCUGUUGGGUACCGUAUAUGGUAUGCGCAGUUUAUAGACUUGUAGGUCUCAGUAUAACCUACGAUCUUGGUAGUUUUACCAUUGUAAUGAUCUUCUUCAACACAGCUGUAGAUCCAUUAAUAUACGCAUUCAUGAACAGAAUCAUGCGUUUUGAAAUCUAUAAAUUUUAUUGUGAUUCAUUGAGUAAGGUAGCGGGUAAGACUUCCUCGUAUGACGAAAGUGAUGAUGGUGUUUCUUCAACGAAUAUGUCACAUACACAUUCUACCUCACGCGCGAGUCGCACGAGUUCUGUCAAAUCACGCAGUAUGAAAGGAAGUGCGCCAGGAAGAGUAGAAAUGAACCCGAUUCAAGAGGAAAUUGAACCUACAUCAGAAUCCCAAAAAGCAAAUAGUACUGUAUGUUUAACUAGAAAAGAAAUAGUUUUGACUCCAGUAGACCUUCAUCAAGAGAGUAAAAUGUCUAAUAUACCGUCAGCCUCGAAAAGGAAAAAGGCAACGAUAGAAAUACACUCGAAAGAUAGAGUUUCGGUUCCGUCAUCGCAGAUACCACCUUCAAAACCAAAAAGAUCACAUUCAGAAGUAUGGACUAGAAGCGAUAAGUCUUUGGUUUCCGAACAAGAAUCUUUUUUGUUUUUUAAACUCGGAGAUGACAAGAAAAAUAAUCAUCAAUACAGCAGAUUUAGAUGUUCUCUAACUAACAGUAGUACUAAGCAAACUCGUAUCGAAACUGUUUGUGGUAAGACGACCUUGACCUCGUCAACUUUUAUCCAGAAUGAAUCAGACUUGAAUCUUCAGGACCUUGAUAUAGUUGCAGAACUUUCAAUAGAUGUUCGCCGAAAGAGAAAAGAGACGAAAGAUAAAGUUGUUUCUGGAUCUCGGGGAGGACGGAAUUGUUUGUCAGCUUAGUUUAUUGUAAAAAAACAAAAUUUGUUAUUGUUUGAAUAUAUCAAUACAGAUUUUCAACCCCAAAACAUUUAUGAGCAAAUAUCAUUCUGGUUAGCUAAUAUUUCCUAGAUGGGUUUCCUUACCAUUUCUGCAAGUUUGUGUGGUUUUAAUCAUUUUGUUGAAUAACAUUAACGGUACACAUUUUUAUGGACCAGAUGCGCAUUUCGACAAUUUAUGUCUCUUUAGUGAUAUUCGAGGCUAAAAUAUUUAAAAAUAAAUAAAAAAAUAUUAAAAGAUUGAAGAGCUCAUAAACCAAAAAGGACCAACAUUAUAGCGAAAGCCGGAAAAGGCAUCAGAGCUUUGCACGAGGGAGAUAAUUUCCAAAAUGUUUCAAUAUGUUUUUAAUUGUGGUUAUACAAUAUCCGUAUGUUCAUGCCAGAACCAAAUACUGGGCUAGGGAUACCCUCGGGGACUAACACUCCACUAGCAGAUGUAUCGUCCCAGUGGUAAGAAUAAUAUUAACGUUACAAACUUUUCUACACCAGAUGCGUAUUUCGACAAUUAAUGUCUCUUCAGUGAUGCUCGAGGCCAAGAUAUUUGAAAAUCCGAAAAAUUUAUUAAAACUACAUUCAAAUACCGCUCAAACGUAAUGACCAGAUAUGUGUAAGUACCGGAAAUAUUGUUCAAGAUACAAUAAAAGACUAAGACAACCCCCAAAACUAAUUUAAAAAAGAGUGAAAGAACACAUACAAA